AAUUGAAAAAAUUAUAUUAGACGCCAAAAAGACAACUAGUGAUGGAGAAGAAGAGAAUGAAUUUAGCCAUUUAUGCUGAUUUAUUUCUGGCGACAGACUGAUGGUAUAUGUGAAACAGAUUCCACAGCCAGAACAAGUGAACUCAACAUUUCCAGACGAGAAAAGAAUGGGGUAUUUGUCAGCCUCUACCAGCUGUUUCAUGGCUACUCCUCAAUUCACUCAUUCUUCUCUUCACUGCAGCAAGCACCAAGGGCACAGAACUGUUUCAGUUUUUGCAUCAAAAUCUGGUGGAUUCUCCCUCAACCCGAUCUUGAAGCGAUGUCAAACAUGUGGAGGUAAAGGAGCAAUAGAGUGUCCAGGAUGCAAGGUCUGAUCUUUAAUUUUAACCUUAAAGCCUCUCCAAUAUAUGAUUGGAAUUUACUACCAUAUAUAAAUAUAUGAAGUCUGUCAUCUGAUUGAGUCCUUUCAGCAAAUAAUAAUGUAGGGUUCAGGCUUUUAAUCUUAAAAGGGGAAAUUAUAAGGUGACUGUCCCAUGAUAAAGCUAGUUGGUGAUCCCUUGAUUCCAUAAAACUGUCCAAAAUGUACUCAUGUCAAACAUAUAUGAUACACUUGACACUUGAGUAUCCCAUCAGUAUUUGCCCAUGACUUGACAAAUUGUUAAGGUGGGUAUUUAUCCUGAAACAUAGGUCAGGUUGAAGCGCCAGUAUAGCUCAGUAUUGCUUACCAGAGAGGCUUGAUGUAUACUGAGAUGAUUUGGCCAGAGUGACUUUCAGGAUGGUUACUUCAACAAUCAAAUCAGCAGUCUUUUUUAAGAGACCUACUCAGAACUAAGAGUAGAAAUAGAGUGCAACCCUUACCCUGAGUUAUGAAGAGGUAUUUAUAAUGGUAUUUUGGUCUGAGAAGAGAAGCCCCUUCUUAACCUUGAUGACUUCCCCCGUUGCCACCUCUAAGGGAAGUUCAUCCAAAGUGGUGUAUAGAGCAUGGCUUGAUAUAUUACCCUCUCUAGUGUCAUUUUUUGGUGUGCAGUGUGUCAAUCCCUAGCAGGAAAUAAACCCAAGCUAUUCUUCUUUCAUUACAUUUGGACUAUAAGAGGAGAAGAAAUAUGAACUUUGGAC